AUGGCGCCCGGUGCCCUAGCCCGCAUCCUCGUCGGCCGCCGCGCAGCAUCCCCGCUCCUGGCGCGUCCCUUCUCCGCGAAGGCCCGCGCGCCGCGGCGGGCGCCGGAGCCGGAGCCCCUGUCGGAGUCGGAGGACGACUUCGCCGGCGGAGGCCAGCUCGCCCCCACCGAGGGCAUCAGCAAGCCGCUCGCCGACGUCCUCAAGGAGCUCGGGAAGAGGGUUCCCGAAUCCCUCAUCAAGACCCGCGUCGAGGACAAUGGGUUCGCCCUCAAGUACAUCCCAUGGCACAUCGCCAACAAAAUUCUGAAUGUGCAUGCUCCAGAAUGGUCUGGGGAGGUUCGCAACAUAGUCUACUCAUCUGAUGGGAAAUCUGUAUCUGUCGUCUAUCGUGUUACCCUCCAUGGAACUGAUGCAGAGAUCUACAGAGAGGCUACUGGAACUGCUUCUGUUGCUGAGGAUACAGGCUUUGGAGAUCCUGUUCAGAAGGCUGAAGGAAUGGCUUUUCGCCGAGCUUGUGCCCGUCUUGGUCUUGGACUUCAUCUCUAUCACGAAGACUUGUCAUAGAUGCUUAUUGUUGGUUGUUUGUGGUAUGGACUUCUGCAUGUCUCUUGGUACGCAUGCGCUUGCCCUUCAAUAGGAUACCCAGGCUACCCUUUGGUGCUGGACAUGGUAGAAUGUGCCGGCAUAUAAAACCAAGUAUUUUAGGUUGUCGUGUAGGUGACUAAAUGUAAGCUACUAAGGGGAUCGCUGUCCUGAAUUAUAUGCUUAUUAUGAAUCAGCAUGUGCCGUUUUCUGAA